UCAAACACAAUUCUCAAUAGUUUUAGAUAGAUUGGACCUCAGUACUUAGUAGAACCUUAAAGAUAUCACACUUUCAAGCAGCACGGGGAACAAAAACCGACAGAUAUCAUGGAUGAAGAAGAACAAGAUACUGGAGAUCCAGAGUUUAUUAAGCGUCAGGAACAGAAAAGAUCAGAACUGGACGAACAAUUAAAGGAGUAUAUAGCGGAAUGGCGGAUGGUACGAGUUAAGGAACAAGAAGAGCUAAAAAGAUUGAAGGAAAAACAAGCCAAAAGGAAAGUCGCGCGUGCAGACGAAGAAAAAGCAGCGGCGGAAAGGAAGAAACAAGAGGAAGAACGAAGAGUCAAAGAAAUAGAGGAGAAGAAAGUGAGAGAGGCUGAAGAAAAGAAACAGAGACUCAUAGAGGCCGAGAAAAAACGUCAAGCCAUGAUGGCCGCACUCAAAGAGCAACACAAGAACAAAACUCUUAAUCUUGUGGUCAAAAAGAAGGCUUUAGCGGCUAGUUUAAGCGACGCAGAACUGGAAAGGACCAAAACCAAAGAACAAUUAGAAGAAGAGAAGAAAAUUUCGCUGUCCAUCCGCAUCAAACCUCUACAACUGGAUGGUAUGUCAACGGACAAGCUGAAAGAAAGGGCUCAGGAGCUGUGGGAAGCCAUAGUCAAGCUGGAAACAGAGAAAUACGAUCUAGAAGAGAGAGAAAAACGACAGGAAUAUGAUCUUAAGGAAUUGAAAGAACGUCAAAGACAACAACUGAGACACAAGGCUCUGAAGAAAGGACUCGAUCCAGAAGCAUUAACAGGUCCACAUCCACCUAAAAUUCAACUAGCCUCAAAAUAUGAGCGGAGAGUCGAUAUAAGAUCGUUCGAUGACAAACAAAAGUUAUUUCAAGGAGGAUUCGACAUGGUCGCUCUGGAGCAAAUGGAGAAAAAUUGGAGGGAGAAAAUGGAUGAAUUUAGCCACAGGCCUAGAAGAAGAUUGCCAAAAUGGUGUGGAGAACGUCCAGGUAAAAAACCUGGAGAUCCAGACACGCCAGAAGAGGAAGAAAUCGCUAAAGCUGUUGACGACGAAGUGGAUGAACUCAUCAAAGAGCCUCAACCUGCCGCAGAGAAUGAAGAGGAGGAUCUUGAAGAAGAAGAGGUAGAGGUUGAUGAGGAAGAGGAAGAUGACGAAGAUGAUGAGGAUGAAGAGGAGGAGGAGGAAGAAGAGGAAUAAGCGAAACGUUGUUUUCUCUUUUGUUUAAAAUUAUUGUAGAUAAAAGAAGAAAUGUGGGAAGGUUUACAAGGAAAGAAAAUAAUAAUCCUUUUAAAGAAAUGUGUUACUGUAUAGAAUUGUUCCGAAAAAUAAAGAAUAGAAUUGUCA